GAUGAUGCUGGGAGGAGAAGCGGCAGCGGGCGGGCGGGGCUUCCCGGAGCCAAGCCCGCCUCUUUCCCCGCCCAGCCCCCGCCGCGUUGUGUAAGCGGGGCCUGGCGCGCGAGUUAAGGAAGCCCACGCGGAGAGCUCUGCGCCCGGCAGCUUCCUCCUUCCAGCCUGCUCCCCAGAAGGGUCAUCGCUUGCGUCUCUGCCCAUUCCAGCCCCAGCUGGGUCUCGUGGUUGGCGUGCAACCUCUCUGCGGUCCCCGGGGCGAGGCCAGCCAUGUCCCAGAAGAGGAGAAAGCGGAAGCCAGCCGAAUCAGCGGAGCCUAAGGAGGAAGGGGCAGAAGAGGGAGCCAUAUUCCCUGAUGGGUUGGAGAGCGGCGGGAGGUUGGCAUCAGGGGCACCUCCUGGCGCUAAGAAGGCGGCUGGGGAAGGGGGUGUGGGAAGCGGAGGAUCUGCCACCCUGGCAGAGGGCGUCAAGCGAGCCCGCCUGAACGCGGCGCCCUCCGUCGCAGAGUUCAAGUACAACAAGAAGCGCGUCCGUCUCAUCUCGCAAGAUCCCGAUCUCAAGGAAGAUGCUCAGGGCAUCCUCUACUGGAUGUCGCGAGAUCAGAGAGUACAAGAUAACUGGGCCUUUCUCUACGCCCAGCGACUGGCCCUGAAGCAGAAGUUGCCGCUGCAUGUCUGCUUCUGCCUGGUGCCCAAGUUCCUGGAGGCUACCAUCCGCCAUUUCGGCUUCCUGAUCAGAGGCCUCAAGGAAGUGGCCGAGGAGUGCAAGGAACUAAGCAUCCCGUUCCACCUGCUCAUCGGCUUCGCAAAGGACGUGCUGCCCUCCUUUGUGACGACCCACGGCAUUGGCGGGGUGGUGACGGACUUCGCCCCCCUCCGCGUCCCCAUGCAGUGGGUGCAAGAUGUCCAGGAGAGGCUGCCACCUGAUGUGCCCUUUGUCCAGGUCGAUGCUCACAACAUUGUGCCCUGCUGGGUGGCCUCCGACAAGCAGGAGUACGGGGCCAGAACUAUCCGCCGGAAAAUCCACGACCGGCUAGCUGAGUUUCUCACUGAAUUCCCACCUGUCGUCAGGCACCCUUAUCCCGCGGAGUUCCAGGCAGAGCCUGUCGACUGGGACGCCUGCUAUGCCAGCCUGCAGGUCGACCACUCCGUGAAGGAGGUGCCCUGGGCGCAGCCAGGGACAGCUGCCGGCCUGGCAGUGCUGGAAGAGUUCAUCAAGGAGCGCCUGAAGUUCUUCGGCACAGACAGGAACAAUCCCAACCGGGCGGCUCUGAGCAACCUCUCGCCCUGGUUCCACUUUGGUCAAAUCUCUGUCCAGAGAGCGAUCCUGGAGGUUUGCAAGCUCCGUAGCCGGUACAAGGAAUCUGCAGAAGCCUUCAUUGAAGAGGCCGUGGUGCGGAGGGAGCUGGCGGACAAUUUCUGCUACUACAACCCGAACUAUGACAAGGUAGAAGGGGCUUAUGACUGGGCCAAGACUACUCUGAAGCUGCACGCCAAAGACAAGCGACCUCACUUGUACACACUGGAACAGCUGGAGGAAGGAAAGACGCACGACCCUCUCUGGAAUGCUGCGCAGCUCCAGAUGGUUCAUGAAGGGAAGAUGCACGGCUUCCUGAGGAUGUAUUGGGCCAAGAAAAUAUUGGAGUGGACCACUUCGCCAGAGGAGGCCCUGAAAUUCUCCAUCUACCUUAAUGACCGCUAUGAACUGGAUGGCCGGGACCCCAAUGGAUACGUAGGUCAGUCAUGGGAAGAGGCUGGGUGGUUAAAUCAUAGAGUCAUAGGGUUGCAAGGGGCCCCAAGGGCCAAUCUAGUCCAACCCCCUGCAGACCAGGACUCAACCAGACCUAUGUCUGUGCCAGCACACUGCAGAGAAAGGUGGGAGGAAGAAUGCAAAAGCAGAGACCUGUUUGUUCUUUUUUUCCCCCUCCAUCAGGCUGCAUGUGGUCUAUUUGUGGGAUCCACGACCAAGGCUGGGCAGAGCGGGCUGUUUUUGGCAAGAUCCGCUACAUGAACUAUGCUGGCUGCAAGAGGAAAUUUGACGUUGACCAGUUUGAGCGCAAGUACAGCCCUCAAAAGUUCUCCCAGUAAUCCUCAAAUGGCUAAAGGGCAAGGCUUGACGUCUCCUUUUUCACAGCAGCUGAGGCCAGCCUAACGUUACACGCGGCUGUAGUGCAAAAAGGCAGGUUUUGUUCACCGUUUUAAGAUGGUGCGGAACAAGAAGCAACAGUAGGUCAAGCUGCAUUUCUGAAGCCUCACUCUCUACCUGCUAUGCAAUCCCAAAGCUGCGUGCCACAUAAGCAGACAGGUUUUUACAAUGUUUCUGCAUGGCAGAAUGGUGGGCAGGAGAUGGCAGCCCAGCAAAGCCAGAGCCUGGAACCUACGAAUGAGGCGGCAUUCCCAUGUUCGACGAAAACAGAGACCGCAAAAACAGCAUGCUUUUUAGUAUAGUUUAUUAUGGACGGCAUUUCUGCGGUUAACAGCAGGUGGCUAUCCGGUUUCAACUCUGCUGUUAACUCUUUAUAAAGAACUUUCACACACCAUUUACAAUAUGGACAGCAGUCAUUCUGCAAAACCGUGGGCACACCAGAAAUCAAUCACAGCUUCAUCAGGGUUGGCCAUUUGGCUUCCUAACCAUUCUGCUGUGCAUUACAUUCUCCCUUUGUGUGCUUUCCAGGCAUUGCAGAAAGGAGACUGUGCAA